AGAGGCCAUCACCAGUUCUGGAACUCCAAGCACUGCGAUCGGUAAUUCGUAGUUUUGUUUACGUUAACACCCAAAGAUAAUAAAGAUGAAAAUCCGGAGCAAUCCGCUGCCCCGGCGACUGGCAGAUGUCUUGUGCUUCCUGCUCAUUGGCGUUUUUCUGCCGAUUGUGUUCAUGUUUGAGAUUAUUGUGGUGCUGCCGGCAUUCCACGAGCCGGGCGGCUUCUUUCACACCUUCACCUUCCUCAUGGCCAUGUUUCUGGUGUUCAACAUUAAGGGGAACAUGAUUGCCUGCAUGAUGAUCGACACCAGCGUAGACGUCAAGCAGGUGGAGCCGCCGCCUGAGCAGUCGGCAGAGCGCCUUGAGUGGCGCGAGUGCGAGGAGUGCAAGCGACUGGCACCGCCCAGAUCGUGGCACUGCAAGAUAUGCGGCACUUGCAUACUGAAGCGGGAUCACCACUGCCUCUACACGGGCUGCUGCAUCGGCCACCGGAACCACCGCUUCUUCAUGGGCUUCAUUUUCUACUUGUUUGUGGGCUCUGUGUACGCCCUGGUCUACAACUCGAUCUACAUGUGGAUCAUCCAUGGCAGCAUAUACAGCAAUUGGCUGACGGUCCUCAAGCUCACCUGCCCCAUGCUGCUGCUGGUGACCGGCGGCUUCUGGACCAACAUCUACCUGCUCUUCUACAGCCUCAAUGUGCUGGCCCUGGCGUAUGGCGUCCUCCUGUUGGGCUAUCAUGUGCCGAUUGUGCUCCGUGGCGGAGUUUCCGCCGAUCGCACAAAGCAGCGAAAGCUCAAGUACAACCGUGGAGUCAGGCAGAACCUAAGAAGUGUCUUCGGGCUGCGCAUGCACAUAGCCUGGCUAUCUCCGCUCAUUCGCAGCGACCUACCCGACGAUGGCUACCACUGGAGGGCCUCCAUCUCUACCUCUCCCAGGAAGAGCAAAGACUGAUCUAGCUUAGGAUAGAUAUAUUUUUAAGGCGUCCCGCCGGGGUAGUCCGUAGAUGAGUACCGUAAAUUUGGCUUCCUCGGGCUGGCUGCAGCUCAAUCGCAGUGUGGUGUAGUUGCAGCCGAUUCCGCCCGUGAGUAUGGACGCCUCCACCAGCCAUUCCACUUGACUCUCAUCCAAGACCAAGAUCAGGUUAAUAUUGGAAAUCAAUUUAUCCUGCAUAGAAAUAUAUAAUUACUUCAUUAUUACAUUACAUACGUCGAUACAAAUGAUAGGGAACCAACCUUUUGUCUGUACUCCACAUCGAGAAACGUUUCAGAUAUGUUGGAGCACAUUUCUACCUCAUAGAUGGGCACAGCCCGGGAGUGCAUCAUACCAAAUUGCACGGAGUAUCCAAGAGCAUCAUUGGCGAGAAGAAUUGCCAGCAGCAGCAUCAGCACGACCCUGUCCAUGCCCGGAGACUGAAUAAAACACUUUGCGAACAAUUAUCAAUUAUUGAUUGAUUUUUUUGACAAGCAGAGCAAACAUUACGAUAACAGGCUUCAAGCACAGUAUUUAUUGGCAUCUUAAAUAUUAUUUUUUUUUUUUUGGGUUUAGUUUUUGAACCGAGUUGAUUAGUUGAAAGUUCCACCUCCAACACGGAAGUACAUAUAAAUAAUUUAUUGACAUAUUAAAGAGACAUAUU